CAAUCGAUCGCCUAUCGAGGCGCCCCCUUCCCUGGCUCGUGGUGAUUUUGCAAUUUUUCAUGGGUAAGUUCCUUUUACAUUUCCUCUACUCCUUCUCAUCUUAUCCUUCUCUCUCCUUUCGUCCUCUCUCGCCCUUCACUCGUCCUCUAUCGGCUGCAUUGGACUCCAUUUUGGCAGCUCUCGAGAGCGGGUGCGGAGAGGACUUCGCAUUCACUUUGCAACCGGGACAGCAGGUUGCUGGAGUGGCCCAUGCAUGCCCCGUUCUUCUUCCAGCCACCCCAAUCAAACUCUGGGCCCCGUACCCCUUCUCUUGUUGUUUUGGAAAACCCUUGUGUUGUUUUGUGAUUUUUUUUUCAUUUAUUGUGCGAAAACCCGGAUGCCCGCGACUCCGAGCCUCACCCGGUAUCUCCUCCCGCCAUCGCAGACCAGGACGCACCGCCUGCCGCCCUUCCGCCGUGCCGUCGCGACCGCGGGUGCUUCCUCAAUGCCCACCGGCCACUCGCUCCUGGCGACCUCGCGCCAACCGCCUUCCUCCGGCGCCGAUACCUGCCGCAUGAACUGCGGCCGCGGGCGCGUUGAUCCGGGCGUCGAAUUUUGUCGUUGUAGUGGAGGCCUUUGGGUGGCCGGUGGCUCGGGCCACACCCAUGGUCCUUUCUCCGGUGACUCCGCCUCCCCCGUCGUUGCCGUCGUCGCCGGUGUUGGUGGGCCCGUGCUUGGUGUCGGCGGGACCCAUGCAUCCUGUCGGCUCCUCGUCCGGGGGUCUCGAGGGUUCACCUUCGGUGCCCCUUCCUCCCAUAUCCUGGGCACCUCCGUCGUCGGUCCUGUCGCGGGCCCCUCGGGCCACGUCCACGUCACCGUCUGCUGCCGCCACCGCAUACCCUCGGCCUCGAACGCCCGUGUGCUGUGGCUCACGUGCGCGGCCGGCACCUCCGUCCGCACCACCGACGGCUCGUCCGCCCUUGCCUGGUGGACGUCCUCCUCCUCCGGUUGCGGCAUCGGCUGCGCGGUCGACUCCUCGCUCGGCGUCUGCUCCUCAGGUCGUCGUGGCUCCGCGUAUCGCGGCGUGGGUGGCCGGGCCGGCCUCCACGGCGGCGUGGCCAACGGUGCUCCAUCGUCGCCGUCCGUGAGCCACUCCCCCUCGUAGCGGGGAGUGGGUGGCACCUCGGGUAACCACCGCGGAGGGGAUGGCGCGCGUGGUUCGUCCUCGUCCUCGU